UCGCUGGUCAAUGGGUCGUCGGCGCUGGACAUGUACCGUGAGGCAGCCAAGAAGACGCAGGACCAGCGGAUCCAGCUCGAGUACGCCAAGUUCUUGCUGCAGUCAGUCGAGAACCUCCAGGACCCCGCGGCGCGCGAGGACUUUAAUCAGGCGACGGAGAUCGAUCCGGCAAACCGCGACAAGCUGAUUUCCGAGGCCGUGUACUGGAUCAAGCACCUGCAGCGCAAGGGCAACACUGAGGCGUCGUAUAUCGCUGGGACAUGGUUCGAGAGCGGCAAGUACGGCAUUGAGCUGGAUAAGUCGAAGGCCUUGCAGCUAUUCACGUAUGCUGCCAAGAACCACCACGCUGCGGCAGCCUACAAGGUGGCUGUGCACCAGGAGGAUCGCAAGCAGACGGGCCGUGCGUUCUCGUACUACCAGAUGGCGGCGGCGCUGGGCGACGUGUCGGCCAACUACCGUAUGGCUAAGGUGUUCCUGGACGGCGCGCUGGGCAAGAAGCCCAACCCGAAGCAGGCACUGAUUUACCUGCGCCGUGCAGCCGAGCUGGCCAACGAGGAAUGCCCGUACGGCGCACUGCUGCUCGGUCUGAUGUAUCUGGGUGAGUAUGCCAACCCGGCCGUCUAUGAGACUGUGUUUGUCGAUGCUGAGGAGGCACAGAAGCUGCUAGACAAGGCCGCCCGUCUGGGCUCGGCUGACGCGCAGUACAAGCUGGGCCACCUGUUUGAGUUUGGCGAGCAUCAGUUCCCGGUAGACCCGUUCUCGUCGAUCCACUACUACCAGCUAGCUGCGGAGCAGGACAACCCAGAAGCGCAGAUGGCGCUUUCUGGCUGGUACCUAUCAGGAGCCGAAGGCGUGCUGAACCCCGACGACCAGCUGACGUUUGACUGGGGCCACCGCGCUGCACAGCAGGGAUUACCGCGUGCCGAGUUUGCCAUGGGCUACUACUACGAGAUGGGCAUUGGCUGCGAAAAGAACAUCAACCAAGCCAAGGACUGGUACGAGCGCGCAGCUCACCACGGCAGCGAGGAGGCCAAGGAGCGCCUG